UUCCCUAGUCCUGCCACCUCUAGUGUUUAGUUUCUUUUCAAACAAUACAUUAUGUAAUUUCCAAAUACUUUACUCAUUUUAAGUAUAACUUUUGAUAAGAUUGCAGUGUGGCAGAGUUGCUUGGAUGUUAAUUUAGCUGGGUCCAGCAGUUGAGAAUAACAUAUCAUGCCUGAGCAGGAAGCAGAAGAUUUUGUUGAUGGAUUUCCUAACAACAACAGUAAUGAUCAUGUAAACAGGGGACCAGAAGAUUAUUUACGUUAUGAACAUUAUAGACUGGAAACAUUUGACAACUGGCCUGUGACUGCAAAUGUAGAUAAAUAUUCAUUAGCCAAAAAUGGAUUUUGUUACCUUGGUGAUGGUGACAGGGUGAAGUGUAUUUUCUGUAAUAUUAUUCUUAAAAAAUGGUUGCGUGGGGACAGUGUUGUAGCCGAACAUAAGAAACACGCUCCUCAUUGUCCAUUGAUCCUUAAUCCUGAGACUGCUGGAAAUAUUCCACACCAAGAUGAUGUUAGGUCAAACAAUCGACCCAUCAAUCCAAAACAUUCAGAAUAUAAAAACAGGGAAAUUAGAUUGAAGUCGUUCAAUGGAUGGCCAUCAGAUAAAAAACAAACACCUGAAGAUUUGGCUUGCGCUGGAUUUUUCUAUUUAGGAACUGGUGAUUCUGUGAAGUGUUUCCAUUGUGGUGGGUUAUUAAGGUACUGGGAUGAUCCUGAUGUACCCUGGGAAGAACACAAACGUUGGUUCCCCGCUUGUCCUUUCAUUACUGAGAAUGGUCAAGAUGAUCAACAAGACUUAAAAAAGAAGAGAACUGAACAAUAUCGGAAUAUAGCAAGGCGAAAUGGAUAUACUGAAGACCUACUGAAUAUUCAUAAAGAAUAUGUGAUACAAAAUGGAUUUCCAUGCCCUGAAAGUUAUGAAGACCUUGUGGAUGAAUUAGAACAGUUGAGAGUCACCCAGGAUUCACAACCCCCUGUCCAAGGUGCCACAGGUUACACAAGUAGUCAGCCCUUAAGAGAGGAACCACUUCCUCGUAAUUCAGAAACGCCUGUGCAAGAUCAAAAUUCUAAAGGCAAAAGACCAGACUACAAGACACAGAAGAGUACCAUUCAAGCUAAUUGGAACACAGAUGAGAGAUUCCAAUGUAAAAUAUGUCUUGACAAUCCUGUAGAAGUUUUAUUUUUACCAUGUAAACAUGUGUGUUGUUGUCAAACUUGUAGCAAUAAGUUGAAGGUGAAAGAAUGUCCAAUCUGUAGGGGGAAAAUCAAAGCAAUUCAACCACUGUAUUUUGCCUAAUGAUAUAAUUUAUUAUUUAUUUGUGUAUCUUGAAAAAAAGAUAAGUUUAUUUUAAUAGUGCAAAUAUUUUACAUUAAAGUGUUGAUUUAUGAUAGAAGUCUUUCAUAGUUAUUAGAAAGUAUAAACACAUGAAUGAGUAAAACAUAAUUCUUACUGUAUUACAACCAAUUAUUAGUUACUAUAUUUGAUAUUUAUAGAUUAUCGUUGAUUAUCUCAACGAGAAUGAUUUUCUCGCUUGAGCUGGAACAGCGAAAGUGAGAAAAGCAAUCGAGUUGAGAUGACCAAUGAUAGUCUGUUUAUCGCUAUUUUACCUAUGACGACGUUGUCAAUUUCAAUGUCAAUUUCGUUAACAACGCACUUGGCGUCCUUAGUUUCUAGCGAUAAUUUUUCCAUCUCAAGCGAGUAGCAUGAUAUGAAAAUUAUCACAAAAAAAGAUCAAAGGAAAAAUGCACAAAAUAGCGAUAACAAUUAUUACAUAUUGUUGGGAUGGUUAUUUCAUCCACCUAUUUAUUGGAUUGACAGCCUUUGAGUUUUUAAUGGAUCAUGAUAUGAAAAGUAAUCUUAUUUGCAGAACUUCUAUACAUAUUUUACCUUGUUUUACCUUUCUAAUAAUUUUAAACCAUCUUAUUUGAUAAUGUGUAUUGUAUAUAAAGUGACAUUAACUUAUUAUGUACAAUUUUUGCCCUUAUUUUCUGAUCAAAAUGUAAGCCAGAAACAAAACAAAAUAUUGGAAGAAAUUUAAUGCUUUAUUUAGUUUUUAUUGAAGAAGGGUGCAAUUUUAGCUAUUUUGUUGUUAAUCAAGAAAUAAUUUUAUUAUAGAAACUCACUAUAUAUAUUACAAACAAAAUCUAGAAGUUGUAGAACUAUCAUCUUGUCUAGUCAACUCAAUAAUCAAAGGGCAUUACAAUGAUAAUUAACAGUACUUUAUUACUUUUCCUUGUAAUAGUCAACUCUUUAAUUAAUUUCUUUGUCUAAAAAAACCCACUGAAGUAGGAUCAGUGUUUAGCAGGCAAUUUUAAAUAUUUCACUUCUGAACAAUGAAUCAAUCAAGAUAUGGUUUCAUUAUUUUUGUACUUGUUUUCUUGUUUAAUAUUUUUAUUCAGAAGGAAUAUAUCUAGCUCCUUAGGAUUCUGUCUUCCAUUUGCCUUGUGUUUGUGAUAGAACCUACUUCUGUUUGCAAUGAUGUUUUAUAAUCUAUAAGCUGUUCAGUUAAAUGUCAUGAAAAAGAUUUCAGCUUUAAAGAAAGUAAGUUAAGCAUUAAAAUCUUAUUUUCGACCUUGAAUUAAAUCUUGUAGGAUACAGAUAAGUAAUAAUACUUAUAAUACUUAUCCACUGAUUUAGGAAAGUAUCAACUUUUGUAAAAAAAAAACUAAAUAAAAAAUGAUUUCACAAGAAUAACUCAAUGGAUGCAUCAUUAGAUCUCUGUACAACGAUUUGCAACAUCAUUGCAAAAUUUUGGCCAGGGAGGCUGAUGUUCAGUCAUCUAUAAUAAUGGCCUGAAUAGAUAUAAGAAGAUGUGAUGUGAGUACCAAUGAGACAACUCUCCAUUAAAAUAACAAUUUAUAAAAGUAAAUCAUUAUAGGUCAAUGUACGGCCUUCAACACAGAGCCUAGGCUCACAACGAACAACAAGCUAUAAAGGAAAGGGCCCCAAAAUUUCAAGUGUAAAACCAUUCAAACAGGGAAAGUAAGGGUUUAGUCUGAAUGUAUGAAAUAGAUAAUAUAAUGUAUAUUAUAUAAUUAUAUUUUAUGUAGUGCUUAUUUAUAUUAAGCCUUAAUCAAAAUAUGUAAAUUUUAGAGACAAUUAUAUUAUUGUAAUAAACACCUGAAUAGAAAA